CCCGGAACAAAUACACCUUUGCAUGUCGACAGUGGAGACACAUCCGGAAGGAAGUGAUGCAAUCGUUGUAAUUUAGGUUACUUAUAUGCAGUGGUCCUUGGAGUUUCCUACAACAUAUCCACACAUCGUGCUUUUAGUGCCUCAACUGCCAGCUUUCCAUAAGUGGCUCAGAGUAAGUACUGGGUUCUCCUGUUUGCUGCUACAUACACUGAACAAGGACUACUGAGGACAUUUCUAACUCCAGCUCUGAAUCUAAAGGACAAGAAGAAUGAAGGUUACCAUAAUGAUGUUGUGCCUGAUUGGGACAGUUUUUGCCAACCCAAUUUCAUACAAUGCUGUGUUGGAAUCAAAUGAGCUUGACUUGAACUCGACUGAAAGUUUGUCUGUUUCACAAUCAUCGGAAAAUGACACCUCAGAGCUUCAGAGCUCUGAAGAAAGUACCUCAAGUCAAAGUCAGAGUUCACAGUCAGAAUCAGAAUCCUUGGAAUCCACAUCAGAUGACAAGACUUCAGAGGAGAGUAACAGUCAAUCAGAUGAGGAUGAUGGGACAUACACCAUAGCCGAAACCAGAGAUGACAGCAUGGGCAGCGAGGAGAACGUUCGAAAGAGUUGGAAUCGAGUGUUUGCAAGUGUUGUCAAAGUCCUGAGCGCUGAAGACAACAGCAGCACAGAGGUCAAGGGUCAAUCAGAUCACCUGACUGAGAAACAGCCCACCGAUACCUCCACCAGCCCCACUUUCAGACAGGGGACCAACACAAACCUGCCGCUGGUGGAGAAUCCCACAGACAGCGCAGACACUAGUGAAAUUGUUGACGUAACCGCCAGUGACAGCAGCGAGAGCACCAGCAGCGAGAGCACCAGCAGUGAAAGCAACAAGACCAGUGAGAGCAGUGACAGCAGUGAUGCCAGCAUGAGCGCAGAGGACAGUAAUACCAGUGACAGCACCGAGCUGAAACAAAUCAAAACCCAAGACUGUGUGAAUGGAACUCAGAGCUGUGAAAGUGAAGAGGAUCUCUUCCAGGACAUAGGAGACGAUGCUCAUUACUCAGUGGACAAUCUGAUGGUGCCAGAUGAAGAUGAAAGGGAGUUAAGUCUAAGGAGAUGAUGACAUAUACUUGGUGCCACUCCACGUUUUCCCACUAUGAACUAAAGCAUGAUUAAACCAUCUGCCUGAAGACUUCAGGGUGAUAUCUUCUGCUCUUGCCCAUCGCUUCUGAAUGUUGAUUAUAGCAUUAUAAUGUUACCUGCAGCUGAUUGAUUUUUUGUGUGUGAUUAUUAUUGUGAUGAUGAUGCAGCCUAAGCACUUCCUUUGUUUUGAUAA